AUGGAUGGCAAUGAGGAGUCCCACCCACCUCCAGUUCGAAACCUAUCCCAAGAGCAGUCUAGUAUCGACACUCACAAAUCUUCCUUUGCUGGCACUCGACAGCCAUCCGAAGAAAGCAAAAGUAUCAGAUUCACGAAUACAGAUCUCAUAGGACAUCGGCCGUCACUUGGUGAUCACCAGAAGAGGUGGCAUAAUGUGCGACGAAGAAUGUCCAUCAAACCACCAAUAGGCCUCACUAAAAUACGGGUACCAGGCCAUCUGAACUAUAAAGAGAUCCGGCAUCGAUUCGAACGUCAAAGCACAUUUCACGGGAUUAGCCAUGCAGCACUUGCUCCUAAUAAUAGAUGGCGGUGUUUUUGGUACUCCGCUUUUUGGCUGUGUUUCUUCUGUUUGGCUAUUCAAAUAUUCUUUCUUGUUGUAAAGUAUCUGCAAUAUGCAAAAACUGUUGAUCUCGACUUGAAAUUUGAAAACGCACCAUUCCCUUCUAUUACAUUGUGCAAUUUAAAUCCGUACAAAAAAAGUGCCAUUAAUUUGAACCCGGAGACAAAAGCGAUGAUCGACGCUUAUUCCAAGCGAAUAUCAUCCGGAGACAAGUCGGAAGGCAUUGCCGCCGCACUAGCCUCUCACUUCCAUUCAAGAGUACGGCGACAAAAACGAAAACCAAAACGACGAAAACGUGAUCGGCGCUAUCAUCAAGCGCUUGCCCAAUGCUUAUGUGACGUUGAUCCGUUAACAGCCGAACGGAAAGGCUCAUGCUUUGCCGCUUACAAAGGAAAAGUCGCAGUUGAUAUCGCAUUGUCACCACGAAGUCUGCACGCCUCCAGAUGUUUGUGUCAGCUUGACAUGGUUUCUAAGACUCUAUGGCCGUGCUUUCCAUACAACACAUGGAAAGAAAAAAUAUGCACGGAGUGCGUAGAUGACAGUGGUCACUGCCCAAUGCGAUUCUACUACGGCAAGGAGCCCUUUGAAAAUAUCAAAGAGAUGGCCGACCUAUGCCUCUGUCACAAAGAGUACAAUCACUGUGUGUCGAAUCGAGAAGAUGGUGUGAUCAUCGAGAUCGAUCCCAAUGACGAGCUUGAAACUCUGAACGUCACCGAACGUUCAGAGUCACAAAUAAAGCUUAAACAGCGGGUCACAACGACAACGACCACAGAAGCACCACAGGUGACGCAAGCGCUUGGAUUCGAGAACCUCACCGAUGAAAUCGCUAUCGUAACUCAAGCGCAGCAGAAUCUGAUGUUUGCUGUUGGUUCCAUGACACCGGAACAAAAAGAGGGCAUGUCUCACCAGCUGGACGAAUUCGUUCUCAAAUGCUCCUUCAAUCAGAAGGACUGUGACAUGAAAAAUGAUUUCACUCUGUACUACGAUAAUACUUAUGGAAACUGCUACACGUUCAACCAUGAAGGAGCAUCGUCGCACAGAGCAGGAGCAAAUUACGGAUUGCGAAUUCUUCUCUACGCGAAUGUCAGCGAAUAUCUGCCAACAUCGGAAGCGGUGGGAUUUCGAAUAACAGUUCACGACAAGCAUAUUGUGCCCUUUCCGGAUGCUUUCGGUUACAGCGCUCCGACAGGAUUUAUGUCUUCCUACGGAGUUAGAAUGAAACAAUUCAUCCGCCUGGUUGCACCACAUGGUCACUGCAAAGAGGGUGGGGAAGGUGAUCCUAAUUUCAUCUAUAAGGGUUUCAACUACUCGGUUGAGGCCUGUCACCGAAGUUGUGCACAAAAAGUCAUUAUGGAGCUCUGCAAAUGUGGAGAUCCGAUGUUCCCUAUCCCAAACAAGAACGGAAUGGCUGCCUGUCGUGCCACCGAUAUGGUUCAACGUGACUGGCCUUCGGAACGCAACACAUUACCUUGGAGAGUUGUAUUCAAAAGAAAAAGGGAAACGAAUUAUGAAGUGACCUACUCGGCAGCCAGAUGGCCAUCUGGUUCAGCAAAAGUGAUGGAUUGUGUACCUGGAGAUUUUAUGUGCCUUUGA